AUGUCUCUUUCCAACGGAAACUAUCUGAUUCGCUCUAUACCUGCAAACGUCUCAUGGCCCUUUGUGGGUGGAAAUUAUGCCACCCGCAACGAGAUCAAUUCGCCCAUUAUUGCUCAACCUAAGAUUUCAACGGACGAUUCUCCUCAAGUGUGGAGGGUUGAAACAGUCUCUUCUAAUUCAAACACGUACAAGAUCACUCAACCAAUAAACCCCAACAUUCACAUUGGCCCUGUCAUUGGAGGAUUCGGGAUUGACGCUUCAACCAACAAUGUGAUCCUGAGCACGACCAUUUUAGAUUGGGUAUUAACCCUGGUGAACGCAACAGAGAACAGCUACAUUAUACAAAGUCAAGACCAUGAAAUUGGUUCGAUCAACGCCGUGACUGUCGAGAAUUCAAACCUCGUUGUUCAACAAAUUGGAAUCGGAGACAACAAGGGACCUUUGCCUCAGUGGCAAUUCAUCAGCCAGGAUAAUUUGGAUUAA